UUAACCUAAAAUACUUUUCCUAAAUCUUUCCCCUUGUAUUCUCCAUUUGUAUGUUUCCAGACACAUUUUUCUAGAAUCCUCUCAAUGGUCUCACGCCAGCAAAUGCGCAACACAACCGUGCAUUUUAGCAUAAGACGCGUUAAUAUCUUAUCCUACGCCCCCCGUUCCUAAUUAAUUAAAUGAAAACCCCGGCAUGUAGCAAUCCUCCAGAAGAAUAUUCCCUUCUCAGAAAGAGAAAAUCCGCAGCAACACCUCAGUGCAACAUGGAAGAGCAAGAAAAUAUGGUGAAUGUAACUGUUCUAUGGAGAGGGAACAAGUAUAUGGUGGAAAUGAAUUCUGGUGCAAAUCUCAAGGAGUUAGGAGAUGAGCUGCAAAAGUUGACUGAGGUUAAGGCGGAUACUUUGCGGCUUAUUGUUCCUCGAUUAUCGGGCAAAGGCUCGAGAAUGCUGCACCCUUUCUCGGAUGAGCACUCAUGCUUGAGUUUGCAAGAAGCUUCAAUUGUCAUGGGAAAAUCUGUCAGGAUGAUGGGGGUACCUGAGGAUGAAGUUGAGCGAGUUAUACAAAAUUCAAAGGUAGACCUGAGAAUAGCUGGAUUCAAUGAAGAGGAAAGGAGACUGAGGCAGCGAAUGUCAGAUGGACCCCAUGCUUCUAUAAGACAUCCUCAAGGACCUUACAUCUUUUGUGAUUUUCGCACGCUUCAAAUUCCAGGUGUAGAGUUAUACCCUGCAGCUUCUGAGGCAUUAAAAAGGAUGCAUAUGCUUGCUUCAGACCCUGGAAUUGUUGCUAUCAUGAACAAGCAUCGAUGGCGUGUAGGAAUAAUGACUGAGAGGGCUCCAGUUGGUUACGUUGGUGUGAGUCCCACAUCCAUUCUAGGUUUUAAUAAGAAUCAUGGAGAAGAGAUAUAUAUCUGCCUUCGAACUGAUGACCUGAAAGGAUUAAGGAAAUAUGAGAGCAUAAAAAAAACUCUUUUACAUGAACUUGAAAGCAUUAUUUAACAAAUUUCAGCUCAUAUGGUAUUCUCUGAACAUGAUUCAAAUUUCUACGCCCUUGAUAAACAGUUGAAUGAAGAAGCUGUUAGCUUGGAUUGGACCAAAUCUAGGGGCCACACUAUAAGUGGAAUCAGACAUUCAGACAAUUAUCAAGAAGAUUUUUAUGUUGAAGAUGCCAGAAGUUCUCAGAAGGUUGGUGGAAAUAUGUCAACUUUGCUGGAAAAUGCCCGUGCCUCUUCUGUAGCUGCUGCUUAUCGUCAUCUGGUAAAUGCUUCUGCUAAUGUGGAAGCAUCUGAAACACAUGAUGAACCUGACCCUGAUGAUUCUGGGUUGACUAUUCACGAUGGAAAUGAAAAUCUAGAUAUUCAAAGUCCAAUUAGGGCUCUGGGGAAACUUGCUUAUGAACCAGAUCCUGAUGAUCUUUCUAGCAAUCAGAACAAGUUUGAACCUGAUCCAGAUGACACGCUGCCCGGUGAAACUCUGCUACUGAAACAUCAUUCUGAAUCUACUAAAAACAUUUCUCAGAAGACUCUUGGGAAAUCAGCAGCCAUGUGUUCAAGUGAAGAGCCCGAUCCUGAUGAUUCAGGUGCUUCAAGUUUUGGAAAUGUAGUUGAACCUAUGGUGAUGGAGAUUCUGGACACCAAGAUUCUGACAAGAGAGACCAUAGAUGAACCAGAUCCUGAUGAUGGAGAAGCACAAUCGAACAUUUUGGGAUGCACAAGCUUGGCAAGACAUGAUCCUCGUCAUCACAUAACAACUGAAACCUUGGUAGAUCAAGCCCAUUUCAAUCAAGGCCAUAAAGAACCUGAUCCUGAUGAAACUAAAGCAGAUGAAAUAGCACAAGCAGAUCCUCAUCGAGAUGAUAAGUUAUUGCCACAGCUGGGAAUAUAUGAUAUGAAAAUUGAUGAGCCCGAUCCGGAUGAUCAAGAAUUACAGAGAAUCCAAGACUCUGGUUUGACUAUUCACAAUGGAAAUGAAAAUCUAGAUAUUCAAAGUCCAAUUAGGUCUUUGAGGAAACUUGCUUAUGAACCAUAUCCUGAUGACCUUUCUAGCAAUCAUAACAAGUUUGAACCUGAUCCAGAUGAUUUGCUGCAUGGUGAAACUCUGCUACUGAAACAUCAGUCUGCAUCUACUAAAAAUGAUUCUCAGAAGACUCUUGGGAAAUCAGCAGCCAUAUGUUCAAGUGAAGAGCCUGAUCCUGAUGAUUCAGGUGCUUCAAGUUUUGGAAAUGUAGUUGAACCUGUGGUGAUGGAGAUUCUGGACACCAAGAUUCUGACAAGAGAGACCAUAGAUGAACCAGAUCCUGAUGAUGGAGAAGCACAAUCGAACAUUUUGGGAUGCCCAAGCAUGGCAAGACAUGAUCCUGGACAUCACAUAACAACUGAAACCUUGGUAGAUCAAGCCUGUUUCAACCAAGGUCAUAAAGAACCUGAUCCUGAUGAAACUAAAGCAGAUGAAAUAGCACGAGCAGAGCCUCAUCGAGAUGAUAAGUUAUUGCUACAGCUGGGAAUAUAUGAUAUGAAAAUUGAUGAGCCUGAUCCGGAUGAUCAAAAAUUACAGAGAAUCCAAGACUCUGGGUUGACCAUUCAUGAUGGAAAUGAAAAUCUAGAUAUUCAAAGUCCAAUUAGGCCUGUGGGGAAACUUGCUUAUGAACCAGAUCCUGAUGACCUUUCUAGAAAUCAGAACAAGUUUGAACCAGAUCCAGAUGAUUUGCUGCAUGGUGAAACUCUGCUACUGAAACAUCAUUCUGAAUCUACUAAAAACGAUUCUCAGAAGACUCUUGGGAAAUCAGCAGCCAUGUGUUCAAGUGAAGAGCCUGAUCCUGAUGGUUCAGGUGCUUCAAGUUUUGGAAAUGUAGUUGAACCUAUGGUGAUGGAGAUUCUGGACACCAAGAUUCUAACAAGAGAGACCAUAGGUGAACCAGAUCCUGAUGAUGGAGAAGCACGAUUGAACAUUUUGGGAUGCACAAGUAUGGCAAGACAUGAUCCUCGUCAUCAAAUAACAACUGAAACCCUGGUAGAUCAAGCCCAUUUCAACCAAGGUCAUAAAGAACCUGAUCCUGAUCAAACUAAAGCAGAUGAAAUAGAACAAGCAGAACCUCAUCCAGAUGAUAAGUUAUUGCCUCAGCUGGGAAUAUACGAUAUGAAAAUUGAUGAGCCCGAUCCAGAUGAUCAAGAAUUACAGAGAAUCCGAGACUCUGUUACUGAUGUUUUUAGUCUGCAAAAGGCCAUUGAGAUGUUGCGAGCUGAAGUUAAUCCCACGGAGGCAACUAUCGAUCUGCAAACUCUAUUUAAGAUAAUUAGGAAUUUGAUCAAGCACCCAGAUGAAAUGAAAUUUAUAAAACUUCGGAAGGCCAAUCCUAUAAUCCAAAGAAAUGUUGCAAAUUACAAAGCUGUCACGGAAAUUCUGCUCUUGAUUGGUUUUAGUGAAGAUGUUAUCUUGGACGACAUUGGGAAGGCAGAAACUUAUCUAGUGUUAAAGCGGAAUGAUCCUGGUCUAUUAUGGCUUGCCAAGUCCUCCCUUGAAACAUGUAUUGCUUACUAGUUUUAGAAAUGUGUGAUGGGUGCGAAAAUACAUAGCCAAAAAAUAUAUUCGUGUGUCAAAAUACGGUUAAAGACGAUCAAAAUGGUGAAGAAAAUGCAUAUUUAAUUGUGAACUGUGUGAAUAGAGACAGAUACUGGACUGAAUUUGGUUUGGAUAUGUGAGCUUUUUGCAAGUCAA